ACGCAGGCACUGCCGUAGACACCUUUGUUGGGGUCCUGGCUUUUGCCAGCGAUUCCGUGUCCACGUCUCCGGUAGGGGCGGAAGAACCGUGACGUGACAGUAUUGUGACAGACAGUGUUUUAGCCACUGGUAAAGUCCCUGGGCCUCCUAUGCUGUUCUAAGGGCAUGCAUGUGCAGUUGUGACAACACUCUUUAACUAUGUCCUGGUUUACUGAUCUGGCUGGGAAGGCUGAAGAUCUCUUGAAUUUUGUGGAUCAAGGAGCAGCAACAGCCUUAAGCAAAACCAAAGAUGAUGCUGACCUUGUCUCCGAAAGUAAUAUUGACUAUUCAGGUGGUUUCCAAGAGAGGCAAAAAAGUACAGAAAAUUAUCAGACUCAUGCAAAGCCUGACUUUAUCACAUCAGCGGCUGACAAUAUCAAACAUAAAAAGGUUACUAUGUUAGCUGGCACUGCCAAUGUGAGAGCUGUGUCCAGGACAUCAUCAGACGCUUCCCAUAGUACCCCAGCAAAUGCCCCAUCGCACAGAUCUACAGCUCAGUUUGUAAGAAGAAAGAAAUCUGAGCCAGAUGAUGAACAGCUGUUUGAUUUUCUCAAUAGUCCAAGCAAGGUACAUAAUGGUGGGCAAGAAACUAAAAAACAAACAAUUGAGGAAACAACAUCUCUAAGUCAAUCUGGAGGAGAUGGUUCCUUAACUCUUAAAGCACCUGAAGACAUUUCCUCUAAAUUACCAGGUACUCUUGAUGAUGCACAGUCUGAAAUUAAAGUGCAAGUGGAUGUGGUCGAAAAGGACAAAUUAUCAGAAACGGAGUCCAGCUCAAGUCAUACAACUAACGGAGACCAAAAGUCACAUGAGCUUUCCAAUCUUCGUUUGGAGAACCAGCUUUUGAGAAGUGAAGUGCAGUCGUUGAAUCAGGAAAUGGCGUCUUUAAUUCAAAGGUCCAAGAAAAAACAAGAAGCUUUGAAUGAGGCACAAGCGAGAAUAGAGAAAUGGAACAGCAGCAAUUCAAAAAGUGAUCGCACGGUGAGAGAGCUUCAAGCACAAGUUGACGAUCUGUCCGAGGCUGUGUCUGCAAAGGAUUCCCAGCUGGCUGUGCUGAAAGUGCGGCUGCAAGAAGCUGACCAGUUGCUCAGAAGUCGUACGGACGCUCUGGAAUCUCUGCAGAGUGAGAAGUCUAGAAUCCUGCAGGACCACAGUGAAGGGAGCAGCCUUCACAGCCAGGCUCUGCAGACUGCCCAGGAGAGGUUUCGAGAAGCAGAGUCAGCACUUCAAAGGGAACAAGACGGCUACAAACAAAUGCAGAAUGAGUUUGCAACGCGUCUGAGUAAAAUUGAGGGGGAACGUCAGAAUCUGGCUGAAGCUGUGGUUGUCGCAGAGAGAAAGCACAUCGAAGAGAAAAGAAAGAGCGAUGACCUCCAGAUGCAGCUUAAAUCUGCAAAGGCAUCGGUGGAAUCACUGAAGCAGGAAAUGGCAGACUACAAGCAAAAAGCAACUCGCAUACUACAGUCAAAGGAGAAGUUGAUUAAUAGCCUCAAAGAAGGAUCCAGCAUUGAAGGUUUUGACAGUCACGCGGCCAGUGCAGUGGAGCUGGAGGAGUUGAGACACGAGAGAGAUAUACACAGGGAGGAGGUGCAGAAGCUGAUGGGACAAGUCCAGCAACUAAAAGCAGAGUUACAAGAUGUAGAAACGCAACAAAUGAGUGAAGCAGAAUCAACAAGAGAGCAAGUUCAGGACUUGCAGGAGCAAAUAUCGGAGCAGAAGAGGACUAAGCAGGAGCUGGAGGCUGAACUGGAACGUCAGAAGCAGGAAUUUCAGUACACACAAGAGGAGCUAUACAAAACGAAGAAUACUCUACAGGGAAGGAUCAAAGACCGUGAAGAUGAGAUUCAAAAACUCAGGAAUCAGCUCACCAACAAAACCCUGAGCAGCAGCAGUGAAACUGAGCUAGAAAACCGUCUGCACCAGCUGACCGAGACUCUAAUACAGAAGCAAACUAUGUUAGAAAACCUGAGCACAGAGAAGAACUCGCUGGUGUAUCAGCUGGAGCGGCUCGAGCAUCAGCUAAAGAAUGUGCAAGGGAGCGGCAUGAACGGCUCUUCUAUCAACAUGUCUGCAGUGGACAGCGGGGAAGGAGCACGCACCAGAAAUGUCCCAGUUCUUUUUAGUGAUUCGGAUACAAACGUUGCAGGAAUGUACGGUAGAGUAAGAAAAGCUGCUACUACUAUAGACCAGUUCAGCAUCCGUCUCGGCAUCUUUCUACGAAGAUAUCCUAUUGCACGUGUAUUUAUUAUUAUAUAUAUGGCACUCCUGCACCUCUGGGUUAUGAUUGUUCUUCUCACCUACACCCCAGAAAUGCACCAUGACCAUCCGUCGGGCAAAUAGAAACUAAAGCCAAAGAAAUGCAUCAUCACUAAAACAAGUGACAUAUUUACUCUUCUGCAUAUGGACAGAAAACAAAUGAAAAACCUUUACGUCUACUAGGCUCUAUCUUACUUUCUAAUAGCAAAUUACUUUAUUAGUGAGCAAUGCUUGAUCACAGACUGUCAGAUUAGAGAUGGAAGUGUAGCAAUGCUGCAGGUCAGUUGCCUUUAAGAACAGCAGAAUUUGGUGAUGGUACCUAUAUAAAUUCUACUGCACCUAUGGUGCAUAUAAGUACAAUGGAUGCAAAGAUAACAUUUUCGGAAAUUGCAAGCUUUGAUAUUUAUUUUCUUGAAAAUGGUCUGAUUUAUUCACUGACUGUAUGUAAAUGUAUUUUAUUACAUGGCUUUAUAUAGCACUACGUUUAAGCCCUUGUUAACAAGGCGUUAUCCAUACUGUAUUUUAUCUGUAAUCAGGGACAUUAAAUGUAUAUAACGUAUGAUUAAACAUGCCCUGUAACUGUCAUUCGGCAUUAUUUUGCACUUGUAAGAUUUUAAUUGUAAAUAUUUUUCUUUAACCUACUAAGAUACCUGCUGCGCUGUCCAACGAAUAGUGCAAUCUUUUAGUAAAUACCUUUCAAAUGAAUAAAAAUCAUUUAUGGUU